AUGCUGCCGAUAAGUAAUGAGAGUAAGGAUAGAAAUAAUUUGUCCAAUGGGACUGGUGAUACAGCUAAUGUUUCAAAACCGGUAACAAAAAAACCCAUGGACCCAAAAUUGCUAACACAGGAGUAUAUCCUUGAACAAAGACGUCUUAGGGAACUACGCAAGGAAAAGAUACGCCAACAGAAGGAAGCAUUAGGAUUGAUCCCUCCUCCUGAAAAAGAAAAGUUUUUGAAACGUCCAAUGCUAGGAAUCUGCAAACCAAAACCUGGCCUUCCUUCCAUCAAGAUUAUGAGCUACAACAUACUAGCGCAGACAUUAAUCCGAAGAGAAAUAUACCCUACAAAUGGGAAGAUAUUGAAAUGGUCUGUAAGAUCCCAGAUACUACUAGACGAAUUGAAACAUUAUAACGCUGAUAUCAUGUGUUUACAAGAAGUGGAUAAAGUGCAGUAUGAAGGGUUUUGGGUUAGUCAACUAGAGAAGUUGGGAUAUUCGACAAGAUUUUAUCGCAACAAUACCAAAAAUCAUGGUUGUGUCAUAGUUUUCAGAGAAAAGUUAUUUGUUUGCAAGCAUCAGUCGUUUAUCAGAUUAGACCAAGAUUUGAAUCAAGAAGCCAGCGAAAAACAGUUACCACCCGCACGGAUCGCAACUACAAAUAUCGCAUUUAUGGCAUAUUUGGAGUUUACACCAGCAUUUGUCAAAGAGUAUCCAUGUUUAAAAGAAACCAAUGGAUUUAUUAUCGGUACAACUCAUUUGUUUUGGCACCCUUUUGGAACUUAUGAACGAACACGACAAACAUAUAUGCUUUUAUAUAAAUUCAAAGAGUUCCAACGUGUGUUGAGAAUUAUAGUGGGUAAUUCCAAAAGAUUUUAUUCAUUCUUCACCGGUGAUUUCAACUCUGAGCCAUUUGAUGCACCCUAUCGUGCCAUUACUGCAAAACCGAUAAAGUUUUCUGGUCGGUCCAAGAAUGUUUUAGGCUGUUCGUUGGCAUACACCUAUUCAAAAGAUCGAAGUUUGGAUGAAGACGAUGUAGACAUUGAAGAGUUAGAACAAGAAAGAGACAACAACCCACUGGACCCCGAGCCAGAAACGUUUGAAACGACACCGGAACAGGAGCAACUUAUAAAGGACUUGGAAGAGGCGCACAAUGAUUUAGACGUGAGAGCCAUUUCGUUAUAUUCCGUUGGAUACAAGCAAGCUCAUCCUGAAAAUGCAGGCACUGCUGGACAUAGAAACGAGCCAGCGUUCUCCAACUGGGUUGACAAGUGGAACGGAAUGUUAGAUUACAUUUUCCUAUUGGUCCCAUGGAAUAAAUCCGACGACCAUUCAAAGAAAAGAGAUUUACCAGAAGAUUUGGCUGAACAAUAUAAAAUCAAAUUAACAAAGCUACUUAGAUUGCCUACACCAGAAGAAAUGGGGCCGCCACCAUCAGGACAACCUCGAAUGAAUCAGUACCCAUCAGACCAUCUCAGUAUUAUGGCCGAAAUACAGCUUGAAUAA